CACGCCGACGGCCAGGAUUUCUAAAACACAGAGGAGCUGCAGGUAUCGUUUCAGGCAAGCCGAACCCUAUUUUAAUUGGACAUGGCCCUUCUCGUUUUCAAAUAUUCGAGCGGCCCCCCGAGCCAAUUUGGCGGGAAAUCCUCCACUCUUGUUCCUUCUCUCUGCUGCGAUAGUGUCUCCGUAGGGAUGGAAGGCAGUGAAAGUGAGGCCAUUUUCGAUACCCUUAAUCUCAACCCACAACUCUUUGUCAACGAAGUCCUCAACACGGUCGACGAUGUUGUCGAUGAUGCUUUCGAUUUCUUCUACCAAGAAGCUUCGGCGAAGCUCAACCCUGAAGGUUCGGAAAGAUCCCAAGAUCUGAGAAAGGGUGUUGAUUGCAUCCGCAGUGUGAUUCAAGCAGUUUUGGACAAGAGACUGGCUAUCUGGGAGAAAUACUGCCUUCGUCACUGUUUUUCUGUUCCCCAAAGUUUUGUCAUGCAAAAGAGUGGCAAUUCAAUUGAGGAUGGCUCCGUCUGUAGAUCUCCUUUUGAUCCAGAGAUAGAGGCGCAAUUAGAUUCCCUGAGAAAGAAGCUAACUGAGGUUCGUAAGACGUCUGAAUUGUUGAAUCAAGAAGUUCAAGAAUUAGAAAGACGGUCUACUUUUAAUAGUGGAUUAAUCAGUGAAACAUUACCGUUACAUGAUCAAAACUCUGUCCAUGAGUUAUUUCAGGAGAUUGUGACAACCGCCUCAGAACUUGGAACAAAGCUGGGAAACCUGAAGAGUAGCAUGACCGAACAGACUGAACAAAUGAAUACGAGCGGAAUUUACAAACGAAAAAAGGAUCUAUCUGCAACAGAUUAUGCAAAGGGCCUCGCAAACGUGAAGUUUGAAGACCUUCAAGAAUUUUUUACUGUUAUGAAGGGCGUCUGAAAGACUCACAGUGGACGAGAACACGGACAAAUCAUGUAGAAACCUUUUAUUGUUUCUUUUUGCUAUUCGCCUUUCCUUUAGACUUAUUUCCCACUUGUAGUGUUAAGCUACUUAUUACUCUAAACUGAAGUUCAUUAGAUGAACCAUAGAUGUUGUGAAUAUUGUUAUCAAUGUCCUGCUCCAUAAGUGAGAAUGCUUUAGUCAAUACAAGGAAUAGUAAGGUGAAGGGCUACUUCGAGUA